GGAAAUAGGCCGCCGGGGUUGUAGAGCGACGGUUUGCGGAGGCUUGAAGUGGAGCGGCUGCUUGGGUGACUACGGAUUUCACCCUGAAGCAUGAGUGAUGCAGAUAAAUUUUUUCAAUCUGUUUCGGAUGGAAGUGCCGCCUCUGAAAGUGAUGCAGACCAAAUGCCUGCCGCUGAGCUCGGAAUGGAGAUUGCCGAAAAAGACUCCAUCCAAUAUCACGACAUCGAUAAUGAAAGAGAUGUAGCCAAAAGACCCGAAAACCAGACUCAAAUUCAGAUCGAGAGUGGGCCAAAUGAAGUAAUGGAUGAAAUACGCCGUGAUCAGACUCAACCGAACAGUAGACAUGGUGAAGGUGAGAGUAGCACAGAUGAAGUCCAACCUGAAACUGAAAAGGCUGGAAACAAAAUAAAUGAUGCUGGGCACCAGGCGAACAGUGAUCUGCAAGGUAUAGAAGCCCAAUCUUGCAUUAACAUCAGUGAAAAAGAUGAAACCCAGAAUGAUACAGUGUAUAUUGAAAAUGAGUCUACUGAUGAAGAUGAAGUUCAGUUGGAGUUAGAUCAAAUUAAAAAUCAGUCCACUGGUGGAGAGCAUGAUGAUGCUCCAAUUGAGGUAGAUCAAGUUGGAGGUCAGUUCACCAGCAGUGAACAAGAUCUGACUCAGAAUGAGUCAGACCAGAAUCAAACUAAUAAUAAUAAAAUGAAGAGUGGCACAAGACAAGCAAAACUUCCUAAUGAUGGUAGAACAGCAGCAGCUAAGAUGGGCAAAAUCAAAUCAAAGCUAACUGGUGGAAAAAUAGAUGUACUUGCUGGAAAGAGAUUUUCAGCUUGUAUUGGGAGAAAGAAAAAGCUUGCUGUAAAAAUUUCCAGAAAAAUGGGUAAAACCAGCAGUGACCUCUCUCAUGCAAAGAAUGCCUCAGGCCAAGCUCAAACUAAGAGUAUACUUGCCAAGCCCAAAUCCCAAGCAAAGAAUGCUGGAAAAGGAAGUUUAAAUGUUGUGGAAGCAGAUAAAGUUCAGCCUCAACUGACCGAUGGGAAAGAACCUUUGACUAUUGGAAACAUUACGAAUGACACAAAAGAACCUGAAAAUGAGACAGCAGAUGUGUCAAAUAAAGACCAGUUGCAAGCUCACACAGGUGAAACAUGGCCACUUGAGAGUACAGAGUUGUCUGCCAGUGGUCAGCUCACUGAAAGUGGUGGAUUUCUUCGUAGUAAAGAGGGCAAACCUGUGACUAUGUUUUGGUGUGAUAUUUGCAAGGUAGUUUGUACAUCUGCUCUGAAUCUCCAAAUGCAUUUCCUUGGCUUUAAACACAAAAAGAUUGAAGCAGCUUUAAAAUGGAAUGUUAACUCUGCGGAAGAAGGUACUAAAGAUGAAUUUUCAUCCCCUAUGGAGACAAGAACUGUGGAAGAUCAUCUCAGUGAAAUGAGGAUAAACAAGGCAGUACUUGGACUUGACUAUGUAAUUGAAUAUCGUAAUGACCAAAAGACGAACCCACAGUUUGUCUGUAAACUGUGCUACUGUAAAUCCGAACUCACCUGGUUUCUCCCCCAUCUCCUUGGAGCUAAACAUAUGACAAAUUAUCUGGAAAAGCACCAUCCUGAUGCUCUUAAGUAUGAGGGAGAAAAGAUGAAGCCUUCUGAAUGGAAAGAAUUUGUCUUCAAAAAAGCACUUGAAAUUGAAAAAUUGGAUGGAAGAGGGAAGGUGACUGUUGUCUUAGAGAAAAGUGGUUCAAAGAGUAUUGAAAAAACUGCUUUAAAGAGAAUUGCAGACACAUCUGCUGUGGUACCAGACUGUAAAGUGCAGAAAUCUGAAGAGACUUCAUCUGCUGAGAACACUAAUGAGCAGUCACCGCCUACCCCAGACAAAGAAAUAAAGGAAAGUGAGAACUGGUCAGGGAUGUACCUUUAUCCAGAUGGUCUUCCUAUCAAUUUUCCAGUGGAUUCGAAGCCAUACCCUCGACCAGUACUGGCAUGUCAAGAGGCCACGGCAGCACAAGGAGCAACUUCAGCAGUUGAUGACCUGUUAAGUUCUAUAGGAUCAAAAAUUUUGGAAGAUUACAUCGCAAAUUUUGAUUUUGAGGAAACUAUAAUAGGGUUGGAUUUUGUGACUGAAUACCAUUAUAGAGGAAAGGAUGAACCCUUAUAUUACUGUGAACUGUGCACUUGCGAAUUGCCUCUUCAAUGUGUUCUGGCACAUAUCUUUGGACUUAAGCACAAGAUGCGUUAUGUAAAAAAGAGGCAUCCUGAGAUAUUGAAAUUGAAUGCAGGAAAAUAUAAAACGAUUGUCAAGAAGAAAGCAACAGAAAUUGAAAAGACAGAUGGAAGAGGAAGGGUUAGGGUUAUCCGCGAUUAUAAUGGACCUGCACUUAGUGAGAGGGUAGCUGCUGAGAAGGUGGCAGUUGAAGAAGGUGAAAGUCAACUACUUGACAUGGAAUACAGUGGUUUUGACCAAGACCAGAGCACCAACAUGGAAACCUCUUCCUCUCUUGAUAAUAGAAUUAAAAGGUCUUCUGCUACCCCAAGUUCCAGAUCAUCCAGCAGACCAAGUUGUUCAAAAGCUGGUUCUCGGUCAGAUUCUAAAUACUCCCGACGUGAUUCCUCAACAAGUCGAUAUGAUCAGACUAGGAAAAGAGAAAGCUAUAAAGAUACUAAAUAUUCUGGAGAAGACUGGCGAGAUGAAUGGGAACGAUCAGUUAAGCGAACAAAGUAUUUUAAACAAGAUAAAGAAAGAUUGAAAGAAAAAAGUACAUAUUCUGAGAGAGAUAAAGACAGGAGACGGAAAAGUAGAUUGGAUUCUAAAGAUGACUACAAGAAAGGAGACCGGUUUAGGAGUAGUAAAGAUGAUCACCAUAAAGGAUCCAGCAUCAGUCAUCGGGUACCAGAAAAGCGUGCCCUAUCCAGACAAGAGAUCAUAAAGAAGGAGAUUUUGGCAUAUUUGGCCACUUUUAAAGUUAUUAAUGAUACUGAUGCUGGAUAUGUCAAGGAGGUCAUGUACAAACUUAGUAAUCGGUUGUUGCAGUUUGGUCAAAAAGCCAUGAAGAUUACGGGUUCUGCUGAGAAAUUAAUUGAAGAAACAAAAUCUUGUAUACCAGAUGGAAAUUUUGGACACGACUCUCGUAAGAACACAAACUUGGGGAGUUAUCCAGGCUAUUCUGACAGGGGUAAAAGUAUGAGGGAGUCUGCUGAAUAUUCAUCAUCUGGUUCUCUGACCAGAAGCUCCUCAUACCAUUCUGCAGUACGUAACACUGGUGCAUCGAUACACAGCAACCUCCUGAGCACGUCACUGCUAAGUUCUAUUCGCGGGAUGGAUGAAAGUACAGUUACUAAUACACUCACUAGACUGGCGGCCAACAAUCCUGCAUUUGAAGGUAUACGAAUUUCAACCUUGGUUACUGUGCUGAUGGAGGCUGGUGUGCUUAGUAAAAGACCAAAGGAAGAUAUACCAUAAUUCAGUGUCCUAUCCAGUUGGUCAUCAAAACCAUC